AAAAACCUUUCUUCCGGCCCCGCCAAAAAGACGUGCAUGCUUGGCAUCUUCGAAAAGUUCGGGCGGGCUUGCGACGAUGCCAUACGACUUCUCAAGAACAUAGUACCAGACGUUGUCUGCCUCGGUUCUUUAGUAUUCGUUUUACGCAGCUUCCGACGCCCCUCCGUUCGACACGUGCCAGGACAUGAUUGAGUAGCGACACCACGAACCCAAAAUGAAGAUUCGCGCUCUCAGCAGGCCUGCGUCUUCAGCGCAGGCGCCCGGCUCCAGUGUCGCCAAACUGACACGCAACCUUGACCCCACGCAACAUCCCUUCGAGCGCGCCCGCGAAUACACCCGCGCCCUCACCGCGGUCAAGAUGGAAAGGAUGUUCGCGCAACCCUUCUUGGGUGACUUCGAGCCUGGCCAUGUCGAUGGCGUAUACAGUUUGGCAAAGGAUCCGGAAAGUUUGGAACACCUUGCAUCCGGUAGCGGAGACGGCAUUGUGAAAGUCUGGGAUCAGUCCAGUAGGGAGGAAAAGUGGCAGGCACAAGCGCACGAGAACAUGGUCAAGGGCAUGUGCUGGACCAGAGACAGGAAACUUUUGACAUGCGGUUCAGACCAGAAGAUCCAGCUCUUCGACCCAUACACCACAUCAUCCAGGAGCCCACCGGUGGCGACGUGGCAUGGAGGCGCAUUCUCAUCCGUUGCACACCACCGCAACCUGCCCAACUUCGCGGCUUCGUCGGACAAAGUCUCUAUAUACGACAUCUCAAGAGCAUCAGGCGCGCCCGUGCAGACACUGAACUGGCCUACGGCGAUCGACACCAUCAACGCAUUGGCGUGGAACCAGGUCGAAACGUCUAUAAUCGCAUCCGCAGCAACGGAUCGUGCCAUCAUACUGUACGACCUCAGAACGGGCUCUCCCUUGCACCGAACAGUGCUGCAUCUGGCCUCAAACUGUAUUGCUUGGAACCCUAUGGAGGCUUUCAACUUUGCGGUAGCGAACGAAGACCACAACGUUUAUGCUUUCGACAUGAGGAACAUGAAGCGAGCCUUGAACGUCUACAAGGGUCACGUCGCAGCGGUCAUGAGCGUCGAGUUUAGCCCCACCGGUGAAGAGCUGGUAUCCGGCUCCUAUGAUCGGUCGGUGCGCCUAUGGGAACGCCAGAAGGGCCACGCAAGAGACAUCUACCACACCAAGCGAAUGCAGAGAGUGUUCUCUGUAGCAUGGAGCGCAGACAACAACUACGUACUGAGCGGCAGCGAUGACGGUAACGUCCGCCUAUGGAGAGCGAAGGCUUCAUCCAGGCAGGGUGUCAAGUCAGCCGCACAACGUCAAAAGCUUCAGUACAACGAAUCAUUGAAGGAACGCUACGUACAUAUGCCCGAGAUCAAGCGUAUUGCACGACACAGGCACGUACCCAAGCAGGUGAAGAAGGCCGGCGAAAUUAAGACAGAGGAGCUGGCGUCGGUCAAGAGGAAGGAGGAGAAUGAACGUCGGCAUAGCAAGAAGGGCAAAGUCAGGCGGCAAGCUGAACGAGAGAAGAUGAUCUUGGCGAGAGAACAGUGAGGGGUGCAUGAUGAGACUGCUUUGCAUAGCGACGGCGUCAGGAUUUGAUUUGCACUUACCGAGGCGCUACUCACCAACAUGUCACAAUAUACCCUGUUACGGUUUGAAGUUCUCCUUCAUUUCUCC